UUUCUUCUUCUCUCUCUCCAUACUCUCCCACACCUCUCUCUUCCAUCUCUUCCCUAAGGAAUAGCCGUUAACAGCGCAUCUUCUUUGCUCUAUCUUCGAAUACUCCAGUCCCAAACAGCGAACAGCACCCCAGUCGCCAUCAUGCAGAUCUUCGUCAAGACCCUCACCGGCAAGACCAUCACCCUCGAGGUCGAGUCGUCCGACACCAUCGACAAUGUGAAGUCUAAGAUCCAGGACAAGGAGGGCAUCCCCCCUGACCAGCAGCGUCUCAUCUUCGCUGGAAAGCAGCUUGAGGAUGGCCGAACCCUCUCCGACUACAACAUCCAGAAGGAGUCUACCCUUCACCUGGUUCUCCGCCUUCGUGGUGGUAUGCAGAUUUUCGUCAAGACCCUGACCGGCAAGACGAUCACUCUCGAGGUUGAGUCCUCUGACACCAUCGACAACGUCAAGUCCAAGAUCCAGGACAAGGAGGGCAUCCCUCCGGACCAGCAGCGUCUCAUCUUUGCUGGCAAGCAGCUUGAGGACGGCCGAACCCUCUCCGACUACAACAUUCAGAAGGAGUCUACACUCCACCUUGUCCUCCGUCUUCGCGGUGGUAUGCAGAUUUUCGUCAAGACCCUCACAGGAAAGACCAUCACCCUGGAGGUCGAGUCAUCUGAUACUAUCGACAACGUCAAGUCCAAGAUUCAGGACAAGGAGGGUAUUCCUCCAGACCAGCAGCGCCUGAUUUUCGCUGGUAAGCAGCUGGAAGACGGCCGCACUCUGAGCGACUACAACAUUCAGAAGGAGAGCACCCUGCACUUGGUCCUCCGUCUCCGUGGUGGUAUGCAGAUCUUUGUCAAGACACUGACGGGUAAGACGAUUACCCUGGAAGUGGAAUCAUCUGAUACCAUCGACAACGUCAAGUCAAAGAUUCAGGACAAGGAGGGUAUCCCGCCUGACCAGCAGCGCUUGAUCUUUGCUGGUAAGCAGUUGGAAGACGGUCGUACCCUGAGCGACUACAACAUCCAGAAGGAGAGCACUCUGCACCUGGUUCUCCGUCUCCGUGGCGGCCAGUAAACGCACCUCCUCUUCACGAUGGCACUUUUAUGAUUGGUUGGACGACUCGGCGUUUUUGGGAAUUCUAGGCAAAUAUGGGAACUUGGCCAUUUGCAGUGGUCAUCAAUAUCUUAUGUUAGCACACUUUGGCGUUGCCUAGAUUGCGGCACGCCUCAAUACGACUCUUGACCGUCUUAUGAGGUCUAUUUCACGAACUGCAAAA